GCUUGGGAGUUGAGUGGUAUACCUUGCACACAUGCUCUUAGAGCCAUUAUCAACCAAAAAGAAGACCCAGUUGACUUUGUGAGCCAUUUUUACUCAGUAGACUCCUACAGGCUAGCAUAUGAAUGUGCAAUCAUGCCAAUGAGUGGUGACUCUGUAUGGGGGCAGACUUCCUAUGUUCCUCUUCAUGGUAAGAAAAAAGGCAGAGGCAGACCCACUUCUUUGAGAAGAAGAGAACCUGAUGAACCGAGGGGUAAAAGAAAGAGGUCAACUUGUCCAUUCAAGCUUAAGAAACAACAAACAACUGUAAGGUGUUCUAAAUGUCAUGCAACAGGUCACAAUGCUCUCAGAUGCAAGGUUACUGCACUACAACAACAGGAAGCAAAUGCAAAUGCAAAUGCCAAUAUCCCUAUCAGGAUGGAGAAGUUAAAGGUUACUAAGAAAAACACAGAUGGAGUUGGACCAUCUUGUGAUGCACCACAGCAACAACAGGAGGUUCCUGCAAAUGCCAAUAUUUUACCACCUAGAGAAGAUGAUUUGAUGAAUAGUGUCAUCUCAGAUGAGGAGUUGAUGGCAACAAUUGAUAACUAUACUGAGAUGGAUUUCUAUCAACAUGAGCAGCCUCAGCCACAAGUUAACAAACAACGCAAAAGAGGUGUGGAGAAUUCAUCUAAUGCACAACAACAGAAGAAAAAUGCAAAUUCACAGAUUUUACCACCCACCCAAGAGGAUCUGAUGGAUAGUGUGAUUUCAUAUCAGGAAUUGAUGGCAGCAGUUGAAAGCCAGGUUGACAGCAACAUAUAUCAGUAUGUGCAGCCUCACAAGCCAGGUCCUUCUCCAUUUGAGCAGCUGAAAAUGUCCUCAAACCAGCCACCUGUGACUAACCCUCUGCAGACUAGGAUCAAUAUCAGAGCACCCCCACCAAUCACAGGAGGAUAUAGCAGACCAAUGUUUAGUACCAUGCCCAACAUCUCCAAAUCAAUUGUGGUGGAAGGUGGGAAAAAAUUCUUGAAUCUCUCUCAGGAAAGCCAGACAGGAGUGCAAGUGAAGAAAGGAAAGGGGAAAAAGAAG